AUGGCUCUAAGCCUGUUGAGCAUCCCCGCCGAGCUUCAGGUCACGAUCAUCGGCAACCUCGACGCCAAAAGCAUCCAACGCGCCCGCAGCGUCUCCUGCAAAGUGAGAGAUCUCAUCGAUACACACAAAGCCUCCCUCGUCAAGACCGUCCUGUGGGCUGAGAACGCCCGACUCCAAGCCUUCCUCGAUCAUCACGACUACAGCGACCUGUCGAUCGUUCAAGCCUUCAGCCGAUGGAUGAAGCACCGAGCAGUCGAGAUCGAGACUUUCACUGGGCCAUUUGCGCCUUGCGUCUUUAUGAUUCAGUUCAUGAGAUCCCGAGCACCGACAUGCCUCCUUGCGCAGGCUGAAAAACACGAGGUUACAAGAAUUGCGUGGAUGUUCGUUUGGGAACACGCCUUAAAGAAGUUAUACCAUGACAUGGAUGGCGAAACCGACUGGACUCCGGGAAAAUUUGUCAGAGAUCUAGUGGGAGACGAAGACCAGUUCAAAGCAUACCACGCCGACAGAUUCUCCUCCAUCAACAGAGAUCACCUCUACGCGAUCUUGAAAGAAGCCGCUGCCCACCCGGAUCUUUUCGAGCGAGAGACGCUGGCCGGAACGCUGCACGGGCAUGACUAUGUAUCUAUCUGCAGUCCGUACCAUUACUGCCCAGCCCGCCGCUUGACAAAGAUCGCCAUUAGCGGCCCAGUUCCUGGACUCGGGUUUCCGGGCGAGAUCAUCAGCGCUACACACCGUGGUGGGGAUGAAAUACCAGAAGUCCUGCAUGCGCCAUCUCUUCCACAGGGUCGUGUGUUCGCAUACUUCGCAUCGGACGAGUGGGCGUUUGGGAAGAUUGUGCAAGCGCUAGGGGGCGCACCCAUGGACCCACUGCUCAAAGCUGCUCUUCUCGAAAAGCUCUUCAUCUUCUGA